CAUGAGCUGCUGUGGCUGUUCAGGAGGCUGUGGCUCCAGCUGUGGGGGCUGUGGCUCCAGCUGUGGGGGCUGUGGCUCCAGCUGCUGUGUGCCUGUCUGCUGCUGCAAACCUGUGUGCUGCUGUGUGCCAGCCUGCUCCUGCUCUAGCUGUGGUGGAGGCUGCAAGGGAGGCUGUGGCUCCAGCUGUGGGGGCUGCAAGGGAGGCUGUGGCUCCAGCUGUGGGGGCUGCAAGGGAGGCUGUGGCUCCAGCUGUGGGGGCUGCAAGGGAGGCUGUGGUUCCAGCUGUGGGGGCUGCAAGGGAGGCUGUGGCUCCAGCUGUGGGGGCUGCAAGGGAGGCUGUGGCUCCAGCUGUGGGGGCUGCUGUCAGUCCAGCUGCUGCAAACCUUGCUGCUGCCAAUCCAGCUGCUGCAAGCCUGUCUGCUGCUGUGUGCCUGCUUGCUCCUGCUCCAGCUGUGGUGGAGGCUGUGGGGGUUGUUGCCAGUCCAGCUGCUGCAAGCCCUGCUGCUGCCAGUCCAGCUGCUGCAAGCCCUGCUGCUGCCAGUCCAGCUGCUGCAAGCCCUGCUGCUGCCAGUCCAGCUGCUGCAAGCCCUGCUGCUGCCAGUCCAGCUGCUGCAAGCCCUGCUGCUGCCAGUCCAGCUGCUGUGCCCCUGUUUGCUGCCAGUGUAAGAUCUGAAGCUCACCUCCUCCACUUCCAGCUCCCACCCACACAGCUCCUGUCUCAGUUUCCUUGAUGAUGACCCAGGACCUAAGACCAUCUGGGAACCCUGAGUCUGGGCUUUCCUGAUCUCUUUACUUAGCCUUACAACAGCCCUGUCCCAGGAGCCCUCCCUAUCCCCUUUCCCCAUCCUCCCCAGGCUGAAAACUUCCCCUGCCAAGAACACCUGGCAAAGGGCUGCCCAGCACACCAUUCAGAUCCCCAGUGGAACCUCUGGGUCAUCUCCAAAGGAUCAUCUGCCCUGCCCCCAAAGUGAUGGGGCCAUCACUGGGGAUUGCUGAGCUGCCUCCCAACAGCCUUAUUCCCUGUCUCCCCAACUCUCUCCUCCAAAAAGUCUCUUUGCUUAAUUUAGUCUACUUUGCCUAUCCCCGGAAAUCCCAAAAAUUAUUUUGUUCCAAUAAAAGCUACUCACAAUCCUGAAAA